AUAUAGCACGUAUAGACUUUAUUGAUUUUCUUAGAAAACAUGCUAUUCUUACGAGUCACAAAAAAAGAAUAAGAAUAAGAAUCACGUCCAUAAUUGCAAUAAUUGCGUAAACAUAUAAGUGAGAUAGAUAAAUAAGAAGGUCAAACUAUACACGAAACUAAAAUUCAUAUUAGAAUUCCUUAAGUACCGAUUUAAAUAUAAUUGCGUUUGUCGGUAUAAAGUAUGCGUUGCGCUGAUUCUUGCUGGUCUUAUUACAACGAUUAUUGAACACAAUAGACCAUAAUGAAAGAGUUGUGCGUGUUUUUUCUAGUCGCUGGCGGCUUAGCCCAAGUACCCAUUUCUGUUCCAGGAGGUCUGCCUGUUGGUUCACCAUGUCCAAAUGGACAAUGUGUAACCAACCUACCACUUUUACCACAAAACGUAACUCCAAGUAUGCCAGUGGCUGGGACAACAGAUCCAUCAUCUGGUGGUGAAGGUGGUACUCCUAAUCCAACCGAAAUACCCCUCGGGAAUCCUGCUGGUCCUCCAAACAACGUGAACCGCCCUUGUCGCCGUUACGAUCUGCAAUGCGUCCGCUAUUUCUUCAAGGAUCACUCCCACUGCAAGAAGCCAUUGGGCAAAGUACCCGAACCUUACUUGCAUCCUCUUUCUAACCAGUUCUUCCCAGCUUUCAACACUACGCUUACUACUGUGAACGGAUACUAUACUGGAUUCAAUACGGGAAGGGUACAGGAUCUCUAUGUUAACAGACAAACAGACAAGGUUGUCGUCACUAUAGAGUUCACCAACUUAACGAUGAGAUCCAGAGACACAUUCCUAAGAUAUCACAGGAGGGCCAGAGAACCUAUCAUCACCUACGGCUACUCCGUCAUAGAAUACCCGUCCCUUCUCCUGACUGUGACAAUACCCCAAGUGAACGAUCUUCUGUUUAAAAAGUCCGAUAACUUCGCCUACGCUAACGCAAUACCUAAUGUCGACAUGGACCCUAGAUUGGGAGAGAGCUCAGAUCCAGUGGUUCCAAACACUUUUGCCUUCAUGAGGGCAAAUUUAGCGACUUUUGCUACAGAAGCUCUUCUCACACAGUCUCAGUUCAUUUCGACGGUGUUCAUACAAAAAGUCAUCUGCGAUUUUGGCAUAAAGAUUGCAUUGGCUUGACAUUGUUUCAUACAGUUUCAACAAGUUAAUUGUGACGUGUAUAUAGCUUUUAAAACUUAAA